AUGGCAAAGGUAAAACAAGUGGCUACCAAACCUCAAAAAUUUAUGGGUGAUGCUAUGAAAGCCACUGGCAAAUCAGAAAAGAAAAGAGAAGAAGAAACUGAACUUGAGAAUAGUGAUGAAGAAACAGAGACAGUGGCAGAACGAGCAAGAAAAAGAAAAGGAACUGGUAUUGCUGGGUUAGAGCUUUUUAAGAAAAAGAAGAAAAUGGAGAAGGCCCCUGCUUCGAAACCCUUUGCACAACAGAAUAUUUUCGAGCUAAGGUACAUUAAAUGGGAUUCUUUUUCUGAUUUGCCUUAUGAAUUUGAAGAUUUAUUUACUUUUCAAGGCUGGAUGGAAUUUUCUGAGUUGAAUGAAUAUUAUUAUCCUUAUUUAAUUCAAGAAUUUUAUGGGAGUAUGAAAGAAGGUGUUAAAGGAGAAAGUUUUAGUGUGAAAGUUAAGAAGAAAAGUCAUAUUAUUGAUGUAGAUUUCUUAGCCUCUGUUUUGAACCUACCAAAUGAUGGAAAUAGGAUUGGAACCUUCAAAGAUACUAGGAAGCUUGAAGGAUAUGAUGAGAAGGCAUUUCAAUUGUCGAUUUUUUCGGAGGGUACACCCAAAAAUGAAAUGACCAAUAUUAGUUUAGUGCCUCAAAAUUUUAGGAUUCUACAAUCCUUCAUUCAAUAUUUGCUCAAUCCUAGAAGUGGUAGUCAUUCAUAUGCAAACAGCCUUGAUUUAUGCAUUAUGUGGCACUUGGUUAAUAAGAUCAUAUUCAAUUUGCCAUUUUUAAUUUUCAAAGUGAUUGCUAAGUCUAGUAAGCAUAAAAGGUUGCCAUAUGCUAUGCCUUUAACUCUUGUAUUUCAAGCUAUGGGAGUUGACAUGAGCAAAGAAAAGAAGUUUAGCAAUCCUAUCCCCAUUAAGGAGAUAUUCGAGACUGAUGAUGAUAGGAAAAGGAGUAAGAAAGAAGAGAAAAAGCAAGAAGAAGAGACUGAGAUUGAGAUUGAAUCUAAAUCAGAUUCAAAUUCUAAAACAGAAUCGGACAUCCCAAUAAGCAAGUUGAAAGAGAGAAGUUCUAAGAUAGAUGAAGGGGAAAGCUCUAAGAAGAAAGAGAAAAUGAAGCUGAAAAUGUCAGAUUUUGUGAAAAUAAGUAAAGCAAAUCUGGACAUGAUGAAGGAAAUCAAAGAAAUGAGUGGACUGAGCUUGCGUAUUUUAGAAAAAUCUCAUGAAUUGAAGAAGGGAAUUAUGGCUAAGCAAAAUGCAAAGAUGGAUAUGUUGAUUAAUAGAUUGGAUAGACAAGAAUGGAAGUUUGGAGAUUUUGGAAGCUACUCACAAGGUACUGCUGGUCCUAGCAAUGCAAAGGCUGUUGGACUAAGUGGAGUAAAAAUUUCCGAAGAGGAAAAAGAAGAUGAGUGUAACACCCUCACUGUAUCGGGUAAGAGGUGUUACAAGGAGCAUUUAGAAGCUGCUGAAAAGGAAAAAGAAGAAAGCAAGCUAGCUGAGGAUGAAGAAGUAGAGAAAAAUGUUGAGAAGGAAGAAUCUGCAAAAGAGGAAUCAGAAGCAGAACAAGAACCUGACAAGGAAAAAUCAAGAGAAUCCUCCUCAUCUCAUACUAACAGCAAUAGUAGCAGUGAAAAUGGAAAAAGUGAAGGCAGAAAUGGUUCAAGACAAGAAGAGGAGAAGGAAGAUGCUGACAAAAAGAAAGAAGAGUAG